GUGCUGCCGUGCCCAGCCCAGGCCUCUCCAUCGCCGUGCUGCUUUCCCCAUGGCCCCCUGACGUGCUCGUCCCGUGAUGGUGGAGGCGCUGGCCCGCCUGCUCACUGCCCUCCGCAAGCGACCCCCGCCGGCCGAGGACCGCGAUGACGCCACGGCCGCCAAGAGAGCCAAGCUGGAGCACGACGGCCACGGCGUCGAGGAGCGCGUUGAGGCGCCGCAGGGCGUCGCCCUGUCCGCCUCCGAGGGCUUGGUGGCGCUGGCGCAGCUCGAGUGCCCCGUGUGCGUGGACACGAUGGAGUCCCCCGUGCGGCAGUGCGUCAACGGGCACUGCGUGUGCAACGCGUGCCGCACGCGCGUGUCGUCCUGCCCGCUGUGCCGCGGCCCGCUGUCCUUCAGCACGCACGCCGCGCUGGACCUCCUGGCGCGCACGCUGCGGCUGCGCUGCGUGCACGAGCAGUGCACCGCCAGCAUCAAGGUGCCGGACCGCGAGACGCACCUGCUGGAGUGCCAGUUCAACGUGGGGCCGUGCCCGCUGCAGCCGUGCCCCUGGACCGGGCCGUUCCAGCGCGUGCCCGGACACUGCCUGGAGCAGCACCCACUUCAGACGCGGACCGCCGCGCUGGACGAUACCGUGUGUCUCAGCAAGGACUGCGAGGGAGCGGAUCUAGACAAGAAAGGCGAGGCGCAGUCCUUGAUGCAGUUCCAGCCCCAGCCCCUGGCCGUCCUGAUCGGCGCCGAGGUGUUCGUGCUGGAGGUCCACGUCGACGAGUUGCCCGGGAGGGUGGCCGUCCUCAGCAGGCAGCUCUCCGCCGGCAGGCUGAGGCCGCCCCCGCACUGCUGCACCCUCACCGUCAGGAGCAAGGCAAAGCCUCAGUUGGUGCUGAGCGCCACCGUGCCCGUCGUGGCGCAGGAGGAGACCCUGGUGCCCGUCGUGGAGGCAGGGCGGUGCCUGGUGCUGGACUGGGACGCCGUCACGCGGCUGGGGGCAGGCCUCGGGGCAGGCAGACCGGGCUGCGGGGGCGGCGUCACCCUGGAGUGCAGAGUCACCCUGCCGCCCGGCCCCGCCGCCCCCGGCUGGCUCUCCUGGCUGGCGGACAAAUUCUGGCCGAGGUAG